AUGUCUGACAUCGUCAAGGAAGCUUGGAAAAAGUAUCUGCUAGCGCUGCAAAUUCACCCCCUCAGAACUAAGGCAGUUACCUCUGGGGUUCUGAUUGGAUGUAGUGACAUAAUUGCUCAAAAGAUCUCUGGGAUCAAAAAGCUUCAAUUGAGAAGAUUACUUCUUUUAAUGCUCUUUGGCUUUGCCUAUUCGGGACCGUUUGGCCACUUCCUUCACAAAUUAAUGGACAUCAUUUUUAAAGGAAAGAAGGGCAACAAAGCUGUUGCAAAGAAGGUUCUGUUGGAACAAUUAACUUCUUCUCCCUGGAACAACUUGUUCUUCAUGAUGUAUUAUGGUUUGGUGGUUGAAGGAAGACCGUGGGGUUUAGUCAAGAAUAAAGUCCGAAAAGACUACCCCUCUAUACAGUUGACUGCAUGGAAGUUUUGGCCCAUAGUUGGAUGGAUCAACUACCAGUAUAUGCCUUUACAGUUUCGUGUCUUAUUCCACAGUCUUGCUGCUUCAUGCUG